UCGUUUUUCUUGUUUGUGAAAAAAUGUCAGAAAAACAUGUGGCGUAAUGUAUCUUUUGUAGAAAGAAUAGAACUUGAUUUUUCGGGAAAUUUAUUUAACCAUGCAAUUGUUCUUGGUGAUGUAGAUAAUGAUCAGGGACACGAGUUAGUUGUUGGCAAUACAGAUGGAGAACUGGCCAUUUUUAAGGGAACCUCAAGAUCUCCAUGGAAGAGGUGUUCUGGUCUUGGAAUGAUAACAUGCAUAGGAGUUGGAGAUGUAUUCAAUAAAGGAAAGAAUGUAUUGGUUGUGCUGACAGCAGAAGGGUGGUGUAAUAUAUUUGAUAUCAAGUCUGAGCCUGCUACAGAUACUACUAAAGAUCCGGACACAGUUGGGGAGAAUAUAACCCCCUCCUUUACUCAGCACCUCCCAGCCAACGGUAAAGUUCUACUGAUAGAGGACGUUGAUGGGGAUGGUAAGGUUGAGCUGACAGUGGCGUAUUCUGAUCGUGUGGUGCGGUGUUUCCGAUGGAGCACCGUGCAGGAUCCAGAGACAGAAAUCAUCUCAGAUAACCUGAUACAGACUCAGAAAUGGCAGCUAGCGGGACAGAUUAGUUCUCUGACCGUGAAUUUUACAGAAGAUGGACAUCCAGAACUUCUGGUUGCUCAGCCUGGAGGAGACUAUGUAACAAUGACCUUUAAACAGGGGUCAGAAAUCGACCUCUCUGGUAAUGAAGGGUAUAAUGAGGAAGUAUUGAAGUCUGAUCAGAGGGCGAACCAGACGGUAUCUACAGAAAUCCUGGGUGGAAUUUCCAAACAGAGAACAAAACAGCCGGGGACCUACUACGCCAUCUGUACCCUGGAUGGUAACUUACUAUUAGUGGAGAAGAAACAAAUUCUCUGGUCUCUACAAGUUGAUCAUCAGCUGUUCUCACUGAAGAAGUUGGAUGUCACAGGUAAUGGUAAAGAAGAGGUGGUUUGUUGUUCCUGGGAUGGUCAGACAUACAUAGUCAAUCACAACAGAGCCGUCGUUAGAUAUCAAUUCCAGGAGAACGUCACCGCCUUCACAGCAGGGCUUUAUGGAGGAGACAACAACCCUAGCUUUGUGUAUGCUACCUAUAACAAUAAGAUUUACAUCUACAACAACAUACAGCUGCCCCAGGUGGAGUCUACUAAUCUAAUAGAAGUGAUGGAGAGACGAGAGAACACGCAGGAACUGUUAGAAAAGAUCGGAUUACAGGAUCCACAUCCAAGUCAGCUACGAGAUUUAUACCAUUGGUUGUUGUAUGGAUGGAGGGGCUACACCUGAAAUUGACAUUGCCUUUAAUACUUAGAAGAGAGCUAUAUGACUUAGGUGUGAUGAUAAAAAGACCCAGGUGUUUUCCUUUGACCAGCAGAUAGCAGUCAAAAGGAUUCCUACACAUAUCUAUUAUUUUACUUUAGAUGCUAUAAAAUCACUAAUUUUUGUGGGAUUUGAAGAAAAAUUUCUUGUUGCUAAGAUUUGAUUUGGUGACUGUAAAGUGUAGAGGUGGUAUUCAUUUACAUUUCUAAGAGGACACGAGUUUGUAGGUCUCUGCAUUCCAUGGAAGCAACAAAAAUCAACAGGCGUAUUGAAAUGAUUCACAUGUAGUUUGAUCUCAACUUUUGAAAGUUCUUCCUUUGUUGAUAACAUAAUGUAGCUGUUUAUUCAA